UUGUGCGCAGCUGGUGGCUGCAGCUACCGUAAUGUUUCCUUGUCUCCUCACAGCCUCGUAUUUUUAAAUGGGAUGCCUUGUAAAUGUAAAAGGAGAUGUCUUUUAAAUGUAAAAAAAAAGAAAAGGAGAUCCUAGGAAGAUGCAAGGAGGCGUUGCUUUGAUACAAGACGGGAAGGGUUCUUAUUGGCUGCAUCGCUCGGAAGUGCUCUGGAUCUGGCGUUGUUGUUGUUGUUGUUUUCUUUGCGCCUCACGUCCGUUUGUGUCCGAACAGAAGAAAGAGAGGGAGCAGAGGAGGAAGCUGCAGCACUUUUUGAACGACCUGGCUUCACUCGGAUCGUUACAGGGAUUUAAAUACUUCCAGCCCUGGCUGAGAGGGAAAGAAGAGCUGCUGCUGACUGUGGUCAAUGAGGAUCUGGGUUGGCGCUCCCCGGGUUUUUUGGUUUCCAGGGCGUCGUCGUACUCGCCCAGCAGCAGCGGCGCGUCACCCAGCAGCAGCUCUCCCAGCCUGGACAGCAGGAGCAGCUCCCCGCUGCCCGGGGAGCCUCGGGGCCCGCCAGACGUCCAGACGGCUGACUCUCAUUCCAGGUCGGCGACGCAAACCGACAGGGAACCAAACGGUGAGGAGCAUCUUCUCCCAGCCUCCCCCAGUGAGGGGGAGAUAGCCGUACCAGAGGUGAACUGCACUCUGUUCCUCCUGGCCGGUUACGUCAAGUACGGACGCCCGCACGCCUGGAUCCGCUCCAAUCACGAGCGGCUGGUCAGCAUCGGUGGCAUGGAUUCGAUGGUCAAGGACACGCCCAUGAAGCUGAAGUCCAUCACAGACUGGCAGACGAGAGGUAUUCGUGUCUGGGACAUUGUGAGUGAGCUGGUGUGCCUGUGCACCGUUCCCUCCCCCUCCAACCCUUUCGCCCUGGACAUGCGCUACAUCAAAACCCUUCCCCUGCGCGACCGCUUCCUCGUCACAGGAGCCCUCCUCGGCUUCCUGGAGACUUAUCUGAUUUACGGGAAUCGGGACGAGCUGCACUACGACAAAGUGGUAGAGGAAGUGAAACCCCUGAGGCAUCUGCAUUUCCAGGCCCUGCUGGAGCUACAGCGCCUCAGAGAGAGCGCUGAAAAGCCCGGUGGCUCCACAGGGCAGGACUCCUCAAGAUGAAAUCCCUUCUGGGCAACAAGUGGCUUUUAUUGAGUGAUGUUUAGGGACGCACCGGCUGCAGUUUACCGGUCGAUCGCCGGCUACCGAUCUUUAAAAAGCGAUUCCGAUUUUGUCCGAUACCAGUUGUUUUUUGUCUGAUGUUUCACUAUUGUUAACUACAAACGUGCCGACAUGACCUGGUGGGUCGGUUUAUCAAACCUCUCACACCUGAGCAGAAGUCUUAUCACUUAGAUUUGUGCAAUAAAUGUUUAAAAUGA